AUGAGGCUUCAGCUACUCGUGCUAGUUUUGGGCUUCCAGUUUGCGUUGGGUGCAGAUGACGAUUCUACUUCGGAGAAGGACCUAAUCUCGCAGUACAUCCACGUGCCGACGUCAUGCGAGACGGAGAACUGUGUAGCCGGUGGCUGUCUUUUCGAGAAUUGCGCCUCUCCUCUGUCCUGCAAAGGCGGACUCUGCUACUUCCGAGGCGCGACUUAUUCCUUGUCGCGUAACAGGAAGUGUAAGGAGGCUGCGUGUGAAGGAGGGGCGUGUAUUUUUGACAAUACUGCAGGCGCCUCGUGUCCUGGAGGCGGCUGUCAGUUUGUCAACGUGCCAGCAACGCUAGCAGACGGAUACUGCGACGGCGGAGGCUGCACGUUGGAUGGAGACAGCCACCCAUCCAGCUUGAGCGGCUCCCUCGCGGAAUGAAAGCGAAGCGUUCGGCUAUCACUACUACACCAGGGGGUUGGUGCUAAUGAAAACGAAUAUAUUACAUGGA